AUGGGCACCAAACGAUCCUGGGAAGGCCAGCCUCUCGGUCUGCAUACCAAGUCCGAUGCCAGUAUGGCUUCCGCCGAGCCUGUGGGCAUCUUCCAAUCCAUUUUUGAGAACUUCCGCAACGAGCUGGACGAGCAUCAUGACCGCCGCGAGCGGAUCAUCAAAGUGAGCCGGGACAUCACUGCACUUAGCAAAAAGAAUAUCUUCGCCCUCCAACGAGUCCGCGCCAUCAACCAACCCAUCCCUCCCAAGAUCGCCCAAGAAAACCAAACCCGCCUCGACACCAUCGACAAGCUCUUCACCUCGAUCGUCUCCGAUGUCGCGGGAAUCAACUCCUGGCGCUACCAGCGCCAAAUUGGCGGUGCAAUUCAGGAAUUCAUUGAAGCGAUCUCAUUCGAUCACUACCUCCGCACACAAACACUGAUCACACACGCCGAGGUGACGACACGUGUACCGGCUGGAAUCAUGGUGACCGAAGAAGACUACGUGAUGGGACUCUUUGACCUGACCGGUGAAAUGAUGCGCUUCGCAGUCCUGCAGCUGAGCUCGGGCAACGCGACUGCCACACAGGAGACCCAGGAGUCAGCAGAACCGCAAGCGCCAAGUCUCUCGCCUGAACAGGCUGGGAUCGUGGUGGAUCUCCGGGCCAUGCGGGCACGAUUCGAGGCGCUGAGUGUUCCACGAAAGUAUCACAUGCUGCGCGAUCUCCACAAGAAGGUCGAAGUUAUGCAAAACAGUGUGGAAAAGGUAGAGCGGGCGGCAUAUGGAAUCCUCGUUCGUGGCAGCGAGCGUCCGAGUGGAUGGACGCCGGAUUUGUCUGCGCCAAUGGAGGUUGAAACUCAUUGA